UAACAUGAUUCAAGUGUCUAAAAAAGUAAAUAAUAAUUAAAGAUGAGAAAGCGAAUAUUAGCAUCUUUACUAGCCAUCAUAAUUUAUCGCUCUGGAAAUUUCUCUCAGCUAGGAAAUGAAAUAAUAAACAUUUUUGAGCAACACAAAGCUCUCGGAUUCCUUUCAGCUACAAUAAUCAUACUAUCAUAUCUUAAACGUAAUGGAUAUCUAAAAAGUCUCCAAGACUCACAAAAGCUACUCAUAGUAAUCUCAAAAAUUUUAUGGAACGAAAUCCGGCUCACCAAACCAAUCAACCCAAUCAAAAUUCCCAAAAAUGCCUUAAAACUACAUCUAACAUCAACAGACCGUCAAAUGCUAAAAUACAAACUCCUACUUCAAAAGUCCAAAAACGCCACUAAAACCCGACUAAAACACCUAAAAUCCCGCUCUUCCACCCCUUCACUCCUGAUACCCCACUCUUCCAAAUAAAAUCCCCCUCCCUCGGAACCUCCCUCCCACAAUCCAUCGGUCCAUCAGCCCACCAAAAAUCCCCAAAAUCCCACUCAAAAAUCUAAAAUUCCUCAUCUAGCCUAGUCU